UGGUGUCUGGCGGCGCGGGCCGGAAGCGGCGGGCUCGUGCCGCGAUGAAGGGAGUUCGGCUCCGAGACGCGUUUCUCGCCUGGGGCGGCGGCUCCCGGUCGGGCCCGUUCCCGCUCCCACUCCGGGCCGUGCUGCCUCCGGUUCCUCGGAGAGGUUUUGCUGCCACACUCGUUAGGAAGUCAUACGAUGUCAGAAGAGUUGAAAUCACUCCCCUGGAGCAGAGGAAGGUAACUUUUGAUACCCAUGCUUUAGUGCAGGAUCUGGAAGCCCAUGGCUUUGUGAAGGAACAAGCAGAGACCAUCGUAUCAGCAUUAAUAACCCUGUCGAAUGUCAGCUUAGACACAGUCUAUAAGGAUAUGGUUACACAGGCUCAGCAGGAAAUAACUUUGCAGCAGAUAAUGGCACAUUUGGAUUCCAUUCGAAAAGAUAUGGUCAUCCUGGAGAAAAGUGAAUUUGCAAACUUGAGAGCAGAGAAUGAGAAAAUGAAAAUUGAAUUAGAUCAAGUUAAACAGCAGCUAAUGAAUGAAACCGGUAAAAUCCGAGCAGACAGCAAGCUAGACAUAAACCUGGAAAGGAGCAGAGUGACAGAUAUGUUUACAGAUCAGGAGAGGAAACUGAUGGAAGCAACUACAGAGUUUCAUAAAAAAGAUUCAAGUACCAACAGUGUCAUCUCAGAAAUCAGUAAUAAAAUUGACACUGAAAUAGCUUCCUUAAAAACGCUCAUGGAAUCAAAUAAACUCGAUACAAUACGUUAUUUGGCAGCUUCAGUAUUCACUUGCCUAGCAAUAGCACUGGGAUUUUACAGGUUCUGGAAAUAGAUUUAAAUGGAAUGACUGCAUCAAAUAUGGAUGGAGAAAAGGCCACCCAGGCAACGUCAGUUAGACGAUCAUGCAUGCACUGUACAUAACCUUGGUACCUUUUUGUUUUGAUAUUCUUACUGUGCACUAAAAAUGUUUUCUGAAUAUGUAGCACUACAGAUUAAAAUAAUUGGGGGGGGAAGUAGGCAAAUAGUAUUAUUUCCUUAUCCCCUAAUGUGUGCUAGAAUUAAUUUUGUUUUCUUUUGGAACAUUCUAAAUGGAACAUUCACACUCUGAGCUCCUCUUGAAAUGGAAAUAGUAAACAUUUGAUAUGCCCUUGAAAUGGAAAUAUUAUUCCCAAGUUAGUAUUCCCAAUAUGGGAAUACUAAUGCCAGGUUCCAACAGAUCUACUCUGAUCCAAGUAAGUUAAUCUUAAAUAUAGGAUCUGGAUUUUUGCCUUCAGUCUAUUCCUCUCUUUUCUGAGGGAUUAAAGCCUGGCACUUUGGGGGGUUUUAUUUAUAUAUAAACGCACACUCCAAGGCCUUUAUUGAAGAAUCCUUGUUUUUCUUGAAAACUGGUUUACAUACAUUUAAAAUUUCAUGUAGAACUAAAAUGUCUCCAUAGAUUUUUUUUUUUUUUUUUUUAGCAUCUCUUGCAAUUUCUGUAACCCCAGAGGUCAACAGAAUGGGAGACUUUCUGUCUUUGUCUUUCCAAGGGGAAAUACCUCCACUCUCAGCAACUGUGUACAGCCCUGGGGCAGCUAAGUGCUCUUAACUCCUCCAAGUAGUGCAGAGUAUUUCCAAUAAACCCUCACAUAUUUUCUGGGCAUAGGAUCUGGUUUGUAACGUGGAAAUAUUCAGCAUCUCAGUGGUGCCAGUGUGGUGGUGGUCAUCCUCCUCCCAUGUCCAUGCUCCUCCAGACUCUUCUGUAAUCCUGUGGGACACGCUGACUCCCCUGACUUCUGGUGAUGACCUCUCUACCUUCUGUAAGGACUUCACAACUCUUGUUGCAGAGAUGGGACAUAGCAGGUGGUUGCCUUCCAAAACUGAAUCAGUUACAUCUUGUUGAGUAUAAAUGCAUAUGCUUGGUUUGGUUCUUUUAAUAAAAUAAUAAUUUUUAAAAAAUCUUCCUGGAGUAAACAUUUAAGAGUAGGCCCUUUAUGAGCUAAAGAGUAUGUAGUACUGAUUAGUGGGAAUUUUUUUAUUGCGGUUUUAUUCUGUUUACAGUUGAAUUUGCUGGUAUCAUGGCAAUUCUUAUUCUGUGCAUUAAAUUAUUUAUCUUCAUGA